CGUGAUACCAUAUAAAAAAAAAAAGAAAUAAAUGAAAUUAAUUUGAUUAGAUAUUUCCAUAAAAAAAAAUUUUCAUUUUAUCGUCCGUACACGCGCUUAACAAGCGCCUUCACCUGUUGUCUCUGUCUCUUCUCUCUCAUCCCCACGCGGCCCACCUCUAACCAAAACUAACCUCUCUCCCUUCUUUCCCUUCACCGACUACAACAAGCUUUUGUAAUCGACGAAUCAUCGUGAGCCUCUUUCGUUUCUUUUUUUUCUCUCUUUUUCUUCAUGGCUUCGGAACAGUACGACGUCGUUUUUGAGGAAUCUCCGGACGACGACGAGGAACCCUCUUCCUCUGACAACGACCUCGACGAAAACGACGACGUCCUCAACGGUAACGACGAUGCUUUAAACGACGAAGAAGACGAAGAAUUGUUGGAAGAAGAUGAAGACAUUAAUUCUCCUUCUUUCCUCCCUCAACCGAUCGCUACCGCCGUUUCCUCCGUCUCAAUCCCCUCUGUUCCUCUUGCCGUCCCCUCUGCCACCGCCGUAACCAUCGCUGCCGUUCCGACCGACGAAUCGCCGCUUGAUACCAAACGUCAACGCCUUGAUUCCGCUGUAGCGGAGAAAAAACCUCCUCCGCCGCAACAAUUCGAUGAAUCACGGCGGUUAUUUCAACGGUUAUGGACUGACGAAGACGAGAUCGAGCUUCUCCAAGGGUUUCUCGAUUACACAACUUCGAAAACGAACUCAAAUUCUUCAUCUUCUCACCAUUAUCAUCACGACACGGCGUUGUUCUACGAUCAAAUCAAAUCGAAACUCCAGCUGGAUUUCAACAAGAAUCAAUUAGUCGAGAAGCUUCGAAGAUUGAAGAAGAAAUAUAGGAACGUGAUGAAUAAGAUCAGUUCAGGUAAAGAUUUUUCCUUCAAAAGCCCUCAUGAUCAAGCUACUUUUGAAAUUUCUAGAAAGAUCUGGAGUAAUAGCUUUGGUAAAGUAGAAGAUAAUGUUUUAGAUGAUGAUGAUAAUAAUAAUAAUAAUAAUAUCAAUUUAAUUGAUGAAAGUGGAGAGAAAAAGAAUUCUACUCCGAAAUCCGCAGCCACGAAGAAAAGGUCAAGAACUAAAGGAGGGAAAAUGGAGGAGAAAAGAGUUUCAAAUGAUGGAUUUGUGAUUAGUAACAAUAAUUAUAAUGAUAAUGGUAACGUGGAGGGAAUUGCUGUUGGUGGUAGUGGGGUGGGAGGAGGAGGAGGAGGUGGAGGAGGGAACGUGACGGUGGUAAUAGAGGAGAAGGUGAAGAGUUGUUUGACUCCUUUGUUUAAGGAGUUGUUAGGUAGUGUAAUGGGAGGGGGAUAUGGAGGAAGAGGGAUUAGCGGAUUGGCUAUGAAUGCUAUGCCAUUGAGUUUUGGAGGAAGUUUGAAUUUGGGUACUGGUGGGGGUAAUGGGGAGUUGAUGGAUGAGAGGUGGAGGAAGCAGCAGAUAUUGGAGUUGGAGGUUUAUUCAAAGCGUUUGGAGUUGGUGCAGGAUCAGAUUAAGGCUGCUUUGGAGGAGCUUCGGUCGAUUGGAGGGUGAGCUUGGAAUAUGGGUUGGGUGCUUAUUUCCAUGGAAGAUUACUUAGUUAUUGAUGGAUAGCUGAUAGUGUAGGGGAGUAACUGGUUUUUGAGUUCCUUUUUGGGUUUUUUUCAUUUGAUAGAAAUGAACAGUUAUUUGCAUAAUGAUUUCUAAUUAUUUAGUCUCUCAAUCAAUAGUUUGUUCAAGUUAUUCUCAUUUGUGUAUAUAUGGUUUUUAUAGGAUGACUUGCUUAGAAUAAAAAACAGAUGUUAUCAUUAAUUUAAUGCAAUUGUGCAAGCUCUGAUGCUGUAGCAUUUGCGGAAUGUGUUCAACAGUUUGCCAUUUUACUACAGUGUUGUAUAAAAAGUUAUAUUUUAAUUGAAA